UCCCUGCGUGCUGUAGGGCAGAGGCAUGCUGAUGGAGGGACGCUACAUUAACUGGGCCCUGCUCCUGGUGCUGGGUGGCCUGCUGCCACUGGAUGUGGGCGCCGGCAGGCAGAUGCCCAAGCUCGCUGACAAGAAACAGUGCGCCGACGCCGAAUGCAGCCAUCCCAUCCUCAUUGCGAGAGCCCUUCAGGAUUAUUAUCCCCAAGACUGCCGCUUCAUCCACAUCCGGCAGGGCCAGCUCGUGUACGUCUAUGCCAUGCUGAAGGGCCGCGGCAACCUCUUCUGGGCAGGCAGCGUCCAGGGGUCUUACUUCGGUGGGGAGGAGGCACAGUUAGGCCAUUUCCCCAGCAGCGUGGUGGAGGAGACUCAUGCUUUAAUGCCAGCUGAUGUUGAAGUCAAAACCGAUAGAUGGGACUUCUUCUGUCAGUGAGGCACUGACAGCUCAAAGAGUGGUUCACCUAUUCAGCUGAGCAUAUCUGCACCCUUCUCUUUCAUUUUAAAAGCUAAUAAACUCAGAUAGUGUUUGUUUUUAUAACAGAUGAAAGUCAUACAUUAAAAUUCAUUGAGAAUACGCACAAAUACACAAAUCAUAAACGAUUUAGCAAAUGAAAUAGCUUAUUAAAAAGCAGGAAAAGUAGUGCUUUUUACUAUUGCUUUUAAUCAAUAAACUUGAGGUGCUACUUAAA